AUGACUCGCGUUGAGGACGCAGAGACAGUCUGGAUCCAUGGUUGCCUGGAGCUUGCGGCGUUGACUAUCUUAUACCACGACUACUUCCUCACGCUACCCCGGGAGAUUGACCGCAUUUGGAGAAGCCCCUUAUCGCGCCCGUCCCUCGUCUUCUACCUGAACCGUUACGUCCCCGUCCUAGGCGACAUCGUCAUCACUGUCUAUAGUUUCUCGGACUUCGCAGCAGAAGAAACGACAUGUCGGCAAUUCGCCCUCGCUCGUCAGAUAUUGUUAUUGUUCUCUCAAAGCAUUGUAUGCAUUCUUCUCGCCUUGCGAAUCAUCGCGCUGUAUAACAGAAGUAAAGGAGUCACUGUAUUCGUAGUGGGGAGUGGCCUUGUGCUGUUAGGGAUCGCAUGUUGGUCGGUGACUGGAGGACAUUCGUUUGUGUUGCAAGACGUGCCCGGUUGCCAUAUGGGCAUGGACUACUAUACCGGCUCUCACAUAGCUGUGGCGUGGAUUGCACAAGCCGCUUUCGACAUGAUCAUCUUCGGGUUCACAGUCUAUCGUACGCUGCAGACCCGACGGUAUAGGGAUGGACGCGGUCUGCGUCUGAAUGGUUCGGGACUGCUCGACCUGGUCUGGCGCGACGGCGCGCUAUACUUCGUCGUUAUGGCCAUGUCCAACGUCGGGAACAUCGUGACCUUCUACGUCCUGUCGGAUGGACUGCGCGGCGUUCUGUCUACGUUCGCGGGAUGCAUUUCCGUAACGAUGAUGUCGCGCCUGAUGUUGAAUCUCUACGAAGCAGCAACACCCGCUUCUACGAUGAACGGGGCACCGGCAGACAUGACACGAACCGUGACCAUGUUCUUCACCACGCGUCUGGACGGCCUGGACGACGACGUGUACGAUAACGACUACGAAGCGGCACCUGAGACGGUUGAUAGUCAUGGAACGACGACUUCGGGCGCUGCACCUAGUACCGGCGGCGAGACAACUCUAGCUCCCUCAACCCCGCGUAAUUGGAACUGGGAACCACCAGAUACGCCGAAACCGAGCCGUAGUAGGUCAUCGAAGGAGGAUGCUGAUGAGUAUGCGUUGAAUGAACUGCGAAGAGAUCAUGUAUAA